CUGCGCAGUUCAGGGACCGCCGUCUGUUGUUGCUCACCGCUCACCAAAAACUUGUGAAAGAUGUCCAACGUUACUACUGUGAGUCUGCGUCUUCUCCACUGCUACUCAAAGCAAGGCACGUUUGGAUAUGGUCCUGGUGUCAUGCGCCCAUUUAGUCUGAGUGCACUGAGAGAGGGCUAUAAGUAUGUGAAUGCUCAGGAGCUGCCGACAGACCUGAGGUCCAUCACUGACCGGGCUGCAACAACCCUCCUUUGGACUGAACUUUUUAGAGGUUUGGCGAUGACUAUGAGUUACUUGUUCCGUGAACCUGCCACCAUCAACUACCCAUUUGAGAAGGGACCUCUGUCACCUCGCUUCCGUGGAGAGCACGCCCUCCGCCGCUACCCUAAUGGAGAGGAGCGCUGUAUUGCCUGUAAGCUGUGUGAGGCCAUCUGCCCUGCUCAGGCCAUUACCAUUGAAGCUGAGACUCGGGCUGAUGGCAGCAGGAGAACUACACGCUAUGAUAUUGAUAUGACCAAGUGUAUCUACUGUGGCUUCUGCCAGGAAGCUUGUCCUGUUGAUGCCAUUGUGGAGGGUCCAAACUUUGAGUUCUCCACUGAAACCCAUGAGGAGCUGCUGUACAACAAGGAGAAGCUGCUCAACAAUGGAGAUCGAUGGGAGGCUGAGAUAGCAGCCAACAUACAGGCGGACUAUCUGUACAGAUAGACUGACUGUCAUAUCUGCACACUAACCAAAAAGAAAUGUCACAUGUGAAAAUUAUAUAUCUUAUCAUUCUAUGCAGUAAAGAGAUUACUUGUAGCUUUAAAGAUAUUCCAAUGAAUUACAUACUGUAUUAACAGUGAAGCCUUGCAGCCUCAGAUUCUGUUGUCAGAGCUGAGAAAAAAUAUAAAAACGCACAAUUUAUGUCUUAUGUUUUAAAGAUGAAUGAUAUUGUACUGCAUGAUGAUGAUUUAAUAAUCUAUAAACUAUGUACCCUAUGCACAUGUCUAUGAUAGACUAUUUUCUGCUGCACUUUAAAAGCAUGGUUUAUCUGAUUUUAAUAGGUAGGACAUUUCUGAAAGAGUAUAUUUAUGUAAUGUGUUUGAUGCUAUGUAGGAAAGUGAAAUAAAUGAUGUUAAUAAAACUGUUAA